ACAUCCGAAGAAGAAAAUUUUUUGUGAUGACCUGAAAUAAUUCUUGUUUGAAAGUCGAGAAAUUUAAGAGUAUUUACUAAAUUUUAAAGCUAUGGAAGCUAUCAAAAGACUCCCUAUGAUCAGCUUUGAGCUGAAAAAUAGCCCCGAAGCAACAUCGUUUCACAAUCUUAAGCAGUGUAUUGCGGAAUAUUAUCAUGAAGAUCCCGACUCUUAUGGCAAAGAAUUUCGUGAAUUAGAACAGUUGCGAGGUCUUGCCGUUCGCCCCAGAAUUGACUUUGAAUGCUGCUCUACAGUAAAAAGAUAUUAUUCACAACUCCACAGUCUCCAAAAUCGAUUUCCAUUGUCAUCCGAGAAUGAAUUGCUAGAUUUUGCAUGGAAAGAUCUUUAUUCAGGUUCUUUAUGGCGAACAUCCAACAUAAAAUUUGAAAUGGCUUCAAUUCUCUACAACAUUGCCGCACUUCAUUCACAACUGGGAAUCGAAGAAAGUCGAUCUGAUCCUGAGAGCAUGAAAAUUGCAUGCACGCAUUUCCAAUGCGCAGCAUGGGCUUUUGGUGAGAUAAAGAAUCAGUAUCCCCUUGUUUUGAAAGGUGAUUUGUCGACGGAACUUAUGAUUUUUAUGCAACAAAUCUGUUUUGGUCAUGCUCAAGAAUGCAUUUUAGAAAAGAGUUUAGCAGAUAAUCGAAAACCUGCUAUAAUAGCAAAAGUAACAGCACAAGUUAUCAGUUUUUAUAAUGCAGCUUUAUCCGCUCUCUUCAGUCAAAAUGAUGAUGGAAGCAUUCAAGAUCUUGUCGGAACAAAGUUGUAUAAAGAUUGGCUCAAGUACAUUAAAUUCAAGACGUCAUACUUGAGUAGUAUUUUGUUCUUAUAUCAAGGAAUGCAUUCCGAAGAGCAGCGUAAAAUGGGAGAACGUGUUGUUUUGUAUAAUGCUGCUUGCGAAAGGUUGGAAGAAGCUAAGAAAGAGUCGAAAGGAAUGAAUAAAAUCGAAUUGAUAAAUGAAGCUUUGAUAUUGAUGACUGAUAUCGUUGAAGGGAAACGAAAGAAUGCUAAACAAGAAAAUGAAUUUAUUUAUCAUGAAAGCAUCCCAGAAUUCAGUUCAAUUUCAGCUGUUCAAGGUGCUAAUCUUGUUCAAGGAAUUCCAUUUGAUGUCACUGAUCCCCAAGUCAUUGGUGAUGAUGUUUUCAAAAGAUUAGUACCAAUGAAAACUCAUGAACAUUUGUCGGUUUAUAGUGAAGAGAAAGCUAACAUUUUACGAAGUUUGGGAUCAAAAAUAGACGAUCGUGAUGCUGAACUUGCUUCGUUUAUGGGAUCAUUGAACACUGAAUCAUUAAAUGCAAUGGGACAUUCACAAGAAAGACUCCCACAAGGUCUUGUUGAUCGUUGUGCUGAACUCAGUGCAAAACCAAAUGCUAUUUCUGACCUUGUUGAUUCAAUGUCGAAUCUUGCCGACAUUUGUUGUGAUGUUGAAAUGACAUUGAAAGAUAUUAAAAAGAUUCUCGACGACGAAGCAAAACAAGAACAAAACUUUCAAAAAAAAAUCGGAAAACGACCAACUGGUCACAUGACGGAAUUAUCGCGUGAAUUUACAAAAUAUUUUGAAGCUCACAACAAAGCUGGUGAAAGUAAUGACACAUUGAGGAAAGCUAUGGAACUUCACGUAAUUAAUAUUAUCGAUCAAAACCUUAUUGCUCAAGGAAACAUCUUAAAAGCUUUAACUGACACAUAUGCAAAGCAUGCAAUGACAUUAAAAUCUUACACUGACACUAAAAUGAAACGAGAACAAUUUUAUUCAUCUCUCAUUGCAUCCUAUGAUGUCUAUGAGGAUUUAAUGUUGAAAAGUGCAAAAGGAUUGGAUUUCUAUAAGAAACUUCAUGGAAAUGUUCAAAAGCUCAUGUCACGAGUUAAAGCAGCGCGCGAUGUUCAAGAAGAGGAACGACAGCAAUUGUUCAAAAAUUCACAGCCAAAAGCUCCGCCAGUUGAGGUGAUCAAACCGAUUGAUACAAGCUACAUGAUGACAACAAUUCCAUCAUCUGGUGGUGGCAGUUGUGGUCCAAAGCUUAAAGAUUAUCUUAAGAGUGGAAUGGUUUCAGGUUUGGGAGGCUUACGUGAUGAAUUAAAUAAAUUGCCUGGCGUACGACCAAAUCCUGUUGGUCAGGAAAAUAUUUCAAAUUCUAAUCCCGUUUCUUGUCCAUCAAUGAAUUAUGUUCCACCUUCCAACUAUCGAAACCAUGUAUCAACCUUUCAACCACCAGGAAAUCAACAGCAACCUCAGCAACACAGUAGCAUUAACGUGUCACUCUCAUCAAGCAACACAAGUUUGAAUAGCGAUUAUUUCAUGCAAGGUGGACUUUACGGUCAAGUAAAUAAUAUUCAAAGUGGAUAUGUAAAUCCAAUUUAUCAAACAACUGGUCAGCAACCUUAUCAGAAUAUCUCACAUCUUGGCUAUAAUCAAACAGAUCCUUCUAUUUAUCAACAAUCACAGCAACAACCUCAACCUACGGCAACUUAUGGAACUCACGCUACCAAUAACUAUGGUCAACAACCACAAUUCGAUUACUAUAAGAAUCAAAAACCUGUUUCUGUGCAACCUCCUGUAGAGCCUUCACCAGCUACGAAUGUUUCUCAAUGUGCCAGCAAAAUAAAUCCAGUUGUUGUAGAUCAGACACAAAGUAUGUAUCAGAAUCAAUGGCAACAAUAUCCUGUUGCUCCAAGUCCAUCUCAGCAAUUUGUGGCUUCGUAUACUCCAAACACUCAGCAAUAUGCCGGCCAACCGCCAUCUGUUCCUAUAAGUCAACAAUCAAUGCCAUCAACGCAGGAACCUGCAUCGAUGCUUCUCAAUCAACAGCAGUAUGCAAUGAAUUAUUCAUCAAAUAUAAGUCAACAAGCUUCUGUUGGCAGCCAACAAAAUUUUUUCAACUACAACACUCCAUCUCAAAUGUACCCAACAAUGAAUCAAUAUGGCCAGCAAAAUUAUUCCUGCUACACGCCUACAAUAAAUUCAAUGAAUUCUUAUAUGACGGCAACUGAUAAUGCUACUUCACAAUCUCAUACGACGCAGUCUGAAAACUAUUACGAACCACAGGCAAUAAUAGGACAUGCACAAUCUCAUGCAGUUUCAAAGGCUUCAUCGUCAGUUAAUGAGUCACCACAACGGCAGCCAAAUUCAAUUCCAACAUACACGACAGCGAUAAAUGCAACAUCAACAAAUAAUUCCGAGACUCAUGCAACACAAAGUCAACAGCAAAUCUCAUCGUCAAUUGAAAAAGUAACAACCCAGCCACAUCAACAGCCAACUCAAGCAGCUCCAACAGUAUCGAAGGUUAAAUCAAAAAAUAUUGACUUACUUUCGGGAAUUGAUUUCAGUAUGACAAAUCCGACAAUUGAAAAUGUCCCAACAUUGACACCUGUCAGUGCAAAGAAAUUUGAAGCUGAAGAAGCAGCUACAAAGUCGACUUUAGCUUCUCCAAUAAAACAUGCGAAGAUAAAUGAUGAUCUUGCUGAUUUAGAUUUUGAUUCUCUAAAUAUCUCAGCAUCUGGUGAAUCUUUAAAAGUUGUGAUGAAGGAUAAACAACAAGAUGUAAAAAAGAAAUUUAAAGACCCUUUUGAAGACGGAGUUACAUUGAAAUCAUUCCACAAAGAAGUUGAAAGUUUGGAGAAAUUUAUGGAAACAUUAACUGUGAAGACUUUAAAUGGUGUAACGCCGUUAACAACAAAAUGGAAGGAACUUCAAGAUUUAGUUGUGAAAGAAGAAGGCAAGCGAAGUGUUUCAAUUGCUCGUCUCUUUCCAGACAAAAACCGAUCUGUCGACUGUUUGCCAUACGAUCACGCGAGAGUUGUUUUACCAACAGCAACCGAUAAUUAUAUUAAUGCCGUUAUUGUUAAAGACUGCGGCCCGAUUAGAUUUAUUCUUACACAAACGCCUAUGGCUAACACAAUAAAUGAUUAUUGGGAAAUGGUUUGGAUGCAGAAAGCAAAUUCUCUUGUUUGUCUUCACACAUCAAACGAGCUUCUUGAUCCAUUUUGGCCACAAAAUGUUGGUGAAGAAAAAACUUAUGGCGAUAUAUCCGUGGUUGCAACCAAACAAUUUGAUUUCUCGCAUUGUCAUGAAAUGCUUUUAAAAGUGACAAAGAAUGGAUGUGAUGGUGUGAUUAUCACUUCCUUGCUUCAAGUUACUACUUGGAAGAAAAAUUCGCCUGAUCACAUUCUUGACGUUGCCGGCAAUACCAUAACGUCAUAUAAACAACAAAAUCCUGAUAAUCAACAUCAUUCGACAAUGAUUCUUAAUUGUAUCAGUGGUGGAGCUGAAAGAUCUGGUUUAAUGACUCUUGGAAUUAGUUCAAUUUUAGGGUCACAAAUGAGGAAACCAACUUUAUUAAAUGUCAUCGAUCAUUGGUAUAGAAUUUGUUCACACAGGAAAGGUGCUCUUGAAGAUGAACGGUUAAUUCAAUUGUCAUUGGAAAUUGUUUUAACAAACGCACAUCGUAUUUUGAACAAAAGAGGCAUUAUGACAUCGUAUCAAAUGAAAAAUGCAGAAAAGUUGAGCGCAAAUGUGGAGACUGAAAAGAGUGUCAAAGACACUGGACUUGAUUCAUUGGAUCCGUUCUGGAAAUUUAAAUAAACCUUCAGCCUUGUUUCUUCAAAAUCAUAAUAAAUAUUAACAUUUAAAUUAUUUUACUGAAAACAAUAUAUAUUUCAUUAUUCAAUCAAUGCUGAUAAAAUUUUGUACUAAGCGCUUGCUUAAAUCCAAUUUAAACAAGAAAUUUAUCUACGCAAAUAAAUUUUUUUCUCAUUGUAAAUGCAUUUUGAUUUUCAUGCAGAAAUUUAUUUCUCAAUCAUUUUUAAUUUUCCAUUUACAUCGUCGAGUGAGUGAAUAAUGCAAUGAAGGAAUGAGAAAAAGAAAAGAAGAUUGUCAUAUUGUCCAUUGUAUGGUUUACACAUCGAUUUCUCUCCAUUAUCAUUGUCAUCGAAGAUCUUUGUGGGUGGUAUGAAACUUGUGUCAAGUUCGAGAUCAUUCAAACUUUUAUCGUAGUAGUUACGAUGAAUUCCCCAUGCACUAACAUGAACUUCGAGUAGAAAUUGAUGAAUAGCUUCAAUUGUUGAUAGAUACCAGUCAGGUGCACCUUUUUGAGUUCGCCAAAAUUUUGUUUUUCUGUUUUGAAUCACGCAACUUUUAAUAGAAUUUAUUCUUGGAUCUUUAUAAAUACUUCUACAUUGCUUCCAAGUGCUAUCAAUAAACACUGCUCUUUUAAAUGGAAGAUUGUCACGAGAAUAGAUUUUCUCGUCAUGUUCACCAUUUCUAUGAAGACGUUCUCGAUCACUAUCACUCAUCACUUCAUCUAAAUUCUUCUUCAAAAGAGUUCCAAUAAAAAAUCCUUUUUCUAAUCCAUAAUUUUCUUUAAAAUCAAAGGUCGAGAUUCCUUUAAAAAGACUAGAAAUGCUGACAGAUUUUGAGGAAGGAAAGAUUAAAAUCACAUCGCCUGUUUCUGCUGAAUAAUCUGGAAUCUCAGGAUAUUCGUAAAUAUUAACUUGAUCUGGUGAAAUAAUUUUAGCAUGAGAGCUUGUCGAUUUUCCAAACACUUCUUGUCGAUGUUUUAUGAUAUCAAUUUGAAUAGGAAGCUCAACCCUUGGGACUAUGUCAGCAUAUUCCGGAUGUGGGCAACUGCAUUUAUAACAGAAGAAUUUCCUUGAUGAUUUGCAUUUGUCACAUCUAAAGCGACCUUCAACUUUUAACAAAUUGUUAUAGUUAUUAAU